GGCACCAAGAUCUGCAUGCAUACUAGUGGACAAGACGCAGCCAGAAAGGAUAAGAUUGACUGGGGUGAGCAAAGUGGAACAGGUGAGGAAGGGAGCAAUGGGAGGAGAAAGGACGGUAAGAUCAAAAUGUGUGAGGCAGUCAGAGCAAUUACGGUUGACUAGGGCGGAUAGACCAAUUACGCGCUUGAUGAGUAGAGUGCAGAAACAGCCAGGUUUAUAAGCAGACUCUUCAGCUUCCAGCUUUCACUCUGAUGACGUCGGCAGAGAACCAACAAAAGCUAAGAUUCCACAAUGAAUGCAGCACGGAGGUCAGCUAGGAUAGAUUCAGAAGUGACAGAAUCCCAACUGGAACCCUCCAUCAAUGCCACCGAGAGGCCCACCAAGGCGAAUGUUUUUUCAGACAUGAAAGAUAAAUUCAUGAACAAAUUCGGGAAACUGCCAAUACCGCCAUGGGCUUUGGCCACCAUUCUUAUUGUUGCCGGCCUUUUGCUUCUCUGCUGCUGCUUCUGCGUUUUUAAAAAAUGCUGUGGCAAGAAAAAGAAAGGGAAGAAAGGCAAAGACAAAGUCAAGGCACAGAUCAACAUGAAGGAAGUGAAGGAGUUGGGCAAAAGCUACAUUGAUAAGGUGCAACCAGAGGUUGAGGAUUUAGAUCCAUCGUUGUUACAGGAAUCUGAAGUGGAGAAGCCAGAGGAGAAGCUAGGGAAACUCCAGUACUCUCUUGAUUACGACUUCCAGAGCACACAGUUGGUUGUGGGCAUUAUACAAGCUGCUGACCUCCCAGCGCUGGACAUUGGGGGAACCUCCGAUCCUUAUGUCAAAGUCUUCCUGCUUCCAGAGAAGAAGAAAAAGUUUGAAACCAAAGUCCAUCGCAAAACUCUCAACCCUACAUUUAAUGAAUCUUUCACUUUUAAAGUCCCUUAUUCAGAACUUGGUGGUAAGAUUCUCGUCAUGGCCCUCUACGAUUUUGACCGUUUCUCCAAGCAUGAUGUCAUUGGUGAGAUCCGUAUCCCCAUGAACACUGUGGACCUGGCACACGUGAUUGAGGAGUGGCGAGAUCUGCAGUCAGCAGAGAAGGAAGAGCACGAGAAGUUGGGAGACAUUUGUUUUUCACUCCGAUAUGUCCCUACGGCUGGGAAACUGACAGUGAUUGUGCUAGAAGCCAAAAAUCUCAAAAAGAUGGAUGUGGGAGGGCUUUCAGACCCAUAUGUGAAGAUCCAUCUCAUGCAGGGAGGGAAACGUAUCAAGAAGAAGAAAACAACUAUCAAGAAAAAUACACUGAAUCCCUAUUAUAAUGAAUCCUUCAGCUUUGAGGUGCCUUUUGAACAAAUCCAGAAAGUUCAAGUUGUCCUGACAGUCCUGGAUUACGACAAACUAGGCAAAAACGAGGCCAUUGGGAAGAUCUUUGUAGGCUGCAAUGCCACGGGUACUGAGCUGCGCCAUUGGUCUGAUAUGCUGGCCAAUCCCCGAAGACCUAUUGCUCAGUGGCACACACUGCAACCUGAAGAUGAGGUGGAUGCAGCAGUUGGGAUAAAGACCUCUUGAUAUCCUUCACUUGCUGGCCGACGUUUCCGGCAACCAUUCCAUCUCCCAUCCAAAGCAAAUGGGAGUGUGUGGGUGAAGCUCCCCUGAAUAGGCCUGUUGGGGGGGGGAGGGAAGGUAAUCUGUGAGCUUGUCUCUUUUCUCAAAGCCAUUUCUGUUUGGAAAAAAAAAAUCUCCAAGACACAAAAAAAACACUUUUAACCCACUGUGUGAAAAAAGAAAGAAUGCUUACUUAGUAAUUGGAGACAAGUGACCGAUUUACUAUAAGCCAACCACAAAGCUUACAAAACAAUUUAUGCUGAUUUAGAUAAAUAUUUCAGAUUUGACAUGCGUUUGAAAAUCGAGCCUUAUGUAAAAAUAGCCUUUUCCCCCUCAAAAGCAUUACUACAUAGUAAUAGUUUAUCUGUCAAAUUUGGCAACCAGACUCAAAAUAAAUCUACUGUUAAUCCUCUUUAUUUGAUUACACUAUAGGUUCAAAACUAAAUUUCUUUAAGGGAUAUCAUUUCAUACACCUUUUGAAUGCUGCUGUAUUAUCACAUUUGAAAACUAGACCUUGUAUGGAAACCUAUAAACAAUGUCUACAAAUAUAUGUUCAAUAAUAGAUUUUCUAAAAGUUAUAAUGAGCUCCAAUUACAAUAACUAAAAAAUUUUGGAGACUGUAUUAUAAAAAAUCUUUAUAAAGUUAGAUCUCGGAUAAAAAUAUAACAGAACACUUGAAAACUUUGUUUAAAAAUAAGUUUUCUACAAUUUCAUAAUGGCUUUAUGUUUUGACUAAGGCUAGAAUUUAUAUCCAUUUAGCUGGAAGUAAAUCCUAUUUAAUUCAAAGACACUUCUGAAGAGAUGUUAUAGGUUUGCAGGAUAAGAGUGAGAUUAGAAUUUUUGGAUUCUGAAGUACUUCAAAUAUACUCCUGCUUAAGUUAUUGACACUCUGUCCAAAAUAUGACUAGGUAGGUUGAAAUUGUAAAAUGUAAUAUGUGUAGAUUCCAUAUGUAAAGUUUUAGUAAACAUAAUGUAGGAUAUCCUAACCAUCUUAUUACAAAAUUUCCACAUACUAGAAAUAAUAAUUUAUAGAGCCUGCAGUUUGAUGCUAGAACAUAAUAGCGUGUUACACAUUAGCCAAUCUAUUAAGAUAUUCAUAAAGUUUGUUGGUUUGUUUUCAAUUAAUUUUUUUGGGUUUUAUAACAGUUUUGCUUAUGCAUUUAUCUGUUUGACAACUUGUGGUUUACACAUGUAUGUUUAUGAAAUGUUUGAUAUUAAUAAGAGUGUUAGGGAAAAUUUGCUACAAACUUCCUGGAAGCAGGUUAUAUUUACUAGCAUUUACUAUCCAACUUGUAAUAAUUUUGAUUUGUUAAAAACAUGUUUACAUUUUUGCUACAAGCUUAAACUGGUUUAUUAUACAACUGCAAUAGGUUUCCAGUUUUGUUAGAAAGCAGUUUGAAGCAUUUUAUAAAUGGAAAAAAUACAUUUAUCCAAAAAGUUUACUCUUGGAUUUAAAAUGUUCGACAAUAGUUUUACAUAACCUGAAACAUGUUUACAAUACUUUUGGUAUAGCAACAUUACAAUUAAUUAGACAUAUCCUAUGAUUGCUUAUAAUUUGGAUGGCUUGCCAAGAAUUAUAAGCUGAUUACACUGCCAGCUAUUUUCAGCAGAAUCAAAAUUAAGGGGAAUAAUUAAAAAACACAAAGUAUGCCCUCCUUUAAAAAAUAAAAUAAAAUCAGACCUUUUGAUACUGAUAUUAGGAUUUUUUACCCAUAUUUUUGUAGCACUUGCUGAAGUUUUCUCAUCCCAUUAUUAUAGUUUUAAAUCUUGCAUCUUGCAGGUGCUUCUAGUUACAAGGGAAGGGACAACUCUCCUUUACAAGAGGAUAAUCAUAAUUUUAAUAAUAAGCCUCACCACAAAGACUACCUAUUAAUGACUAUGGUAUAUCAGAAAAAAGACUAAGGGUUAAACAUUACUAGGUUCUCAAUACAUGAUUAUACCAAAUAUUUAUAGAAAAAGAGUGCUACAGUUCUUAUCUAAUACUUUUAGUUGAGGCAACACUGCUCAUUUCCUUUUCCUAAUCUUGGCUAUAAGUUAGUGUUUUUGUUUUUGUUUUAAAUCUCGCUGUAAAAUAAGAAUUGAGGAAAAAGGAAUGGGAAUAAAAAAGAUCUUAUAGUGCAAUUCCUAUGUAUUUUAGUCGCCACCUAUAUAUGUUGCUAAUGGAGCUAAAUGGAUAUAGGAUUGAUGCCUUAGUAAUUCUCUGUUUUAGGGAGAGAAGUUUUAAAGACAUCUAGAACAGACAGAUAUUCUACCGCUUUUUGUCCUCCUAUCUUUGCUUCUACAUUUUCCUACCUAGACAGCCAUAUUUCCCAAUUUGGUGCCCUCCAGGUAUGCAAGCAAGGUUAUGACUCCCAUUAACCCUAGCCACUUAAGCUGGAGUGAGGGGAAAUGUACUCUAUGAUAUCUGAAGUGCACAAAACUGAGGAGAGCUGCUAAGGAUUCAAUAGUUUCUAUGUCUUUCAACCAGCUGUUGACAGAAGCGGUGAGAUGCCUCAAUCUGUAACAGUAUUAGAUGAGAGAAGCCACUGUCAUACCUUGAAAAGCCGAAGCAUGUUGUAUAGGGACGUUUCAAAAGCCAUAGUCCGCACCUUUGCUUAUUCCUGAGUAACAGGGUAUUUCACUUCCAAAAAAGCAUGCAAACUUUUGUAAGAAGUGGCUUAGAAUUUAGGUCUUUGACAAAGAACAGUAGAAGGUCUGCUUAGAGGUAGUCCUCAACUUAUGACCACAAUUGAGCCCAAAAUAUCCAUUGCUAAGCAAGAAAAUUGUUAAGUGAGUUGCACCCCAUUUUACAAUCUUUUUUGCCACAGUUGCUAAGCGAAUCA